AUGCGUCGUACCUCCCGGCCGCCAAAGGAUUUGAGCGAGUCUGUCCAGUAUAUGUCACCCAAACUCCCGAAGAUGGCGAAAUCCGCUGUUCUCAUUUCUCUGGCAUUCCUGGCUGUUCUAGCAUCAGGUUCCAGUGAAAAUUCUGCCAGUUCGGCUAAUAGUGUCGCGGAACUGGAACAGGCGGUUUCCACACCGAAGCAGGAUUCCGAACUGCAGGCGCAGCAGAAUUCAGAACAGCAAGGAUAUGAGGAUACUCGCAGCCCAGUUAUUCGCAAGAACUACGUGCUAAUUUUUCUACUCGGAGUAAUACUACUCGGUCUCGUUCGCAUUGCCGGUGCCCGUAGAGAGCCUGCCUUUUUGCAAGGAACAGUGUUACCCCUGGCAUGCCGCGCUUAUGGAUGGUGCAAGCCAAUACCGUAUUUGGAGUCCUUGCCACACGGAACGGGAGCAUCAGUUUGGCAAAUUGGGGAAAAACUGCAUGGGGACUUGCACUUAGGCCCUGAGCGCAUGUGUCCUCCCAAGAUAGACGUUGUCGUGGGUGGCAUUAGCACAUGGUUGGCCACCGGCGCCUCCACUUCGGAUGGUGGUACCUUAAUUAUGUUUUCCUACUCAUCUUGUGUCCAACUGUUUUGUGUUCGCGCUCCCGUGUUUCCUUUGGAUGCUCUGCGGAAAGUGGAGUCAUACUCGCUAGGCCUCCUUGAUCAGCGCGCGCAGCAUGAGAUGGGUGCUAAGAACAGUACAGAUCCUUGCGAUGCAGCUCAGCAGCAGUAG